AUGGCUGCUGCAUUUGGUAAUCAAGAGUUGCAUCAGUCUUUCUCUCAGGCGUUGUUCAACUAUAAACGGACACUAGAAUCGAAAACUGACCCUUGGAAUUAUUGCAAAUUUGAUCAAAUAUCAAAUCCACCUCUGUCCAACAAUCUUCAUUUGGUCAAUUCAAAUUACACUAACCAAAUAGGGAUUGUGAAGCCCAAGGAGGAGACAUGGUCUACUAGUGUUCCCACUUUUCCCUUUGAUUCUGUCAUUUCCCAGCCUUCAAUCAGGACUCAAAAUUAUGAGUUGAAGGCUUCUCAAGGAGCUAAGAGAAUUUGCACGAAUGAGCGGCUGACUCAACCACAAGAUCAUAUUAUGGCUGAGAGGAAGAGAAGAGAAAAGCUCAGCCAAAGGUUCAUAGCUUUGUCUGCUCUGGUUCCUGGAUUGAAAAAGAUGGACAAGGCUUCUGUUCUUGGAGACGCCAUUAAGUACUUGAAACAACUCCAAGACCAGGUGAAGACCCUUGAGGAGCAAACUAGGAAGAAAUCCAUGGAAUCUGUGAUUUUUGUCAAGAAAUAUGAACUUUGUGCUGAUAGUGAAAGUUCUUCAUCAGACGAGAACUUUUCCAGCGGCCCUAUUGAUGAGCCGCUGCCGGAAAUUGAAGCAAGAUUUUCUGAUAAAGAAGUCCUUGUUCGAGUUCAUUGUGAAAGAAAGAAAGGAAUACUGGAUAAGAUUGUUUCAGAAAUUGAGAAGCUCAAUCUUUCAGUUGUUAAUAGCAGUGCCAUGGCCUUUGGAGAUUCUGCUAUUGACAUAACUAUUAUUGCUCAGAUGGAUGAAGAAUUCACCACUUCGUUAAAGGAUUUCGUGAAGAAUUUGCGUGCAGCAUUCAAAAUCUUCAUGUGA